GGCGGGGCUUUGUGUUGCUACUACAUCACCUCCUUUGUCGUUGCCCAGCAGCUGCUGCACUCUGCACGGAAAGUCCCUGACAGACAGCUGGGCUAGUCUGCAAAACCCUCUACAAACACUGCAACCCGCUUUGUCAUUUUAACCGAGACUCACGUCAGCUCCUAUAUUGUAAAGAUCUACACGUUCUUUGAUUGUUUACGUUGUAUUCCUAAUAAUCAAGUUGCUGCCGAUGUUAGCUGUGUUAGCAGUAAGCUAGGUCUUUGUGUGGCUAGCUGCUUGUCGAGGAUGUUGUCUUACUGAGCAGCUCUGUCGUCUUCGGGGUAAGGAGGAGGGGAGGGUUAGCUGCAGAUGGACGUCUCGUCUCAUUUCGCCUAAAGUGGCCUCUGAAACUACAGAGCACCUUCUAUAAAGCGACACGGCGAAGGAGCAUUGUUUCGCGGCCGAGGAAGGAGAUGGGAAACUGUCUGAAAUCUCCCACCUCCGAUGAUAUCUCUUUACUUCACGAGUCUCAGUCGGACCGGGCCAGCUACGGAGACGGUGCCGACCCAGACCAGGAGCCGCCGCCCCCUUAUGAGGAGCAGAUCCACGUACCUGUGUAUCAUCCAACACCCAGCCAAGCUCGACUGGCUACACAACUGACCGAAGAGGAGCAGGUUCGCAUUGCCCAGCGCAUUGGCCUCAUUCAGCACCUUCCAAAAGGCGUGUAUGACCCAGGACGGGAUGGCUCUGAGAAAAAGAUCCGAGAGUGUGUGAUUUGUAUGAUGGACUUUGUGUAUGGAGACCCUAUUCGGUUCCUGCCCUGCAUGCACAUUUACCACAUGGACUGUAUAGAUGACUGGCUGAUGAGGUCUUUUACCUGCCCCUCCUGUAUGGAGCCUGUGGAUGCUGCUCUGCUGUCCUCCUAUGAGAACAACUGACCCACAUGGGCACACUGUGUGCCAGCCUUUACUGUACCAGUGGCUAGUCAGGACACAACAUAAAACUAUAAAUGCAUUUCGCACUCUUUCAUUAUGUGGAUCUUUUAGCUGUGAAGUGCACAUUUCAAAGUAGGUCUAAUUUUAGGGUGCUUUUUUGUGUUGGUGACUGUGUAUGUCCAUGUUCCUUCGUUGACCUGCUGGACAGGAAUUAACAUUAAGAUUAGAAUCAGAAGAAUCUGGCGGAUGAAGCUGAAAAUGCUGUUUUAUUCUCGACUUCUUUUAAGCAAAUACUUAAACUUCAACCACACAAUCCCACAGUAGCACAUAUUCCACCAUCCAUUGCUCUGUUCUAGUAUUUAAUUAUUUAUAAAACUAACAUGAUAUCCGGUUCAGUUGAAGCAUACCUGGUUUUGCAGUUGCUUGUUAUAUGAUGUGCACAGAGGCCUGCCUGGGCAGCCAAUAGCCUGCCUCACCUAUGGCCGACCAUUUGACCAUAGGUGAGGCCCGACCAAACACAGGCCUCUGUUAGCAGUGCAUGGACUGACUCUUGCUGUCUUAUAAUAAGUUUGUUGAUUUGUGAAAUAUUUUGUUUGUAUUUGUAAAUCAGCAUAAGGGCUUUCUUGUGUUUACCAGCAAAACAAACACAGUAGAUACAGAUGAGUGAGUGCUUUAGUCAAUGUUGUGAUGUGUAUCUGAAAGCCUCAGAUGUUUUUGCAGAGACUGGCAAAAACAUUUUUUUAAAAGUCACAACAAUGUACAUGCAUUAUAUAGUACUGAGAGACUACACCACAUUAAGGGCAUGUAUUUACUGUUCUCAUGGUGUGUUUUCAAGAGGUGCUCUAAGUAAAACCCUUUUAUGCUGUAAACUUUAAGCACUUGCAGAUUUCCAAUUCGGAAAAA